UCCUUCAACGAGGAACACUGUUGCCUCGUCGCCUCUACAUGGCAACGAUAAUUUUCUACAUCUAGCACACAUUCCAUAUUUUUCCCCCGUAACUAGUUAAGGAAUUAUAAAUGUAUCUACAUUCCAGGAAGUUUCUUAUGGUGGACGACCGAAAGUAAACAGAAAUCCUACCAGAACCUAAACUGGUUUCUGCCAUGAAUUGUUGUGUCUGCUAAAAUGGAAUUGUGGAAUGCCAACGCCGGCUGACAGCAAGCGUGUGAAUGGUGCAUAGUAUGAUUCAACAUUUGAACAGGGGGAAAAAAUCGGAUAUUGUUUUCCUAGAACUACAACUGUGGUACCACGAUGAAAAUUGCAUCAUUUUCCUACGGUGGAAAUUGUGAGCGAUAUUUGCUGGUCGUCUGCUUCUUACUGGCCUUAAUUAAUUUCGUUAAUUCAGCGGCUUGCAAAGGAUGUACUGUCCAACCAUGCAUUUGUGUCGGCGAAAAAGGACCCCCGGGUUUGCCUGGAAUUCCUGGUUUACAAGGACAAAUCGGCCAUCCAGGUGAAAUUGGACCAGAAGGACCUUUUGGACCUCGUGGAAUUAAAGGGGAUUUUGGUGAUUAUGGUGCUAUUGGACAUAAAGGAAUUAGAGGUGACACAGGCGUACCAGGUUUUGAAGGUGCUCCUGGAAUUCCUGGUCUACCCGGAAGUGAUGGACCACCAGGUGAACCAGGAUAUCCUGGCUGUAAUGGAACUGAUGGUCUGCCUGGAUUACCUGGACAGAUUGGAAGACCUGGACCAAGAGGACUUCCAGGUAGCUAUGGCUUGCCUGGUGAGAAGGGUGAUCCAGGUGAAGGUGGCAUCAACUCGAUUGGUAUUAAAGGAGAGCCUGGAGAACCAGGAAAACCAGGAACUCCUGGUUAUUUAGGCUUGUCAGGAUUUCUUGGUGAAAAAGGAUUUAGAGGGGAUCCUGGAUAUCCUGGCCCUAAAGGCACCCCCGGUGAUAAAGGACUUAAGGGGCGAGAAGGUGAUGGUGUAGAAGGACUACAAGGACAAAAGGGAGAACCAGGUGCACCAGGCUCGCCUGGCCCUCCAGGAUCUUCAUAUGAACCCAGAGAAAAUCCUGAAGAAGAGCUUAGGCCACUAGAAAAAGCAAAAGAUGGAAUUGAUGGCGAACAAGGUGAAAAAGGUGAAAGGGGACCACAAGGUUUUGCUGGCCGAGAAGGAGCUCUUGGAACACCAGGGUUUAUUGGCCCGAAGGGAGAAAAAGGUGAACGAGGCGAUGAUGGUCCUAGAGGUAAGAGAGGGAAAACUGGUUUUCCUGGAUCGGCUGGAGAGAAAGGUUUUAAAGGUGAACCUGGACACUUUGGACCUGAUGGCAGAGUUGGAUUAAGAGGACCUAAAGGAGAACCAGGGCGAGCUGGCUUUCCAGGAUCACAAGGUCCCCCUGGCCUUCCUGGAAUCAUUAUUGAAACUGGAGAAGUUAAACCUGGACCGCAAGGCUCCCAAGGUGUUCCUGGAGACAGAGGUUUGCCAGGAUUUCCAGGAAAACCUGGUAUUAGAGGACCUGUUGGCUUCAGAGGACCAGCUGGAGAACCUGGUAUACAAGGAACUCCAGGAGAACCUGGGACCAUUGGUUUAAGUUUCAAAGGAGAACCUGGAGAAGAUGGCUUCCCUGGUCUACCGGGAUCACGUGGUAGGCCUGGUUAUCCUGGAUUGCAAGGACCAUCAGGUGAAAAAGGUGUUCCUGGACUUUCUGUUAUUGGCCCACCUGGUGAGGAUGGUAGGCCUGGGAAAGAUGGACAACCUGGUCAGCAUGGUCCUCGUGGAGACCCUGGUCCUCCAGGGGAAAAAGGCUAUCCAGGAUAUGGUGUACAAAAGCAAGGACCUCCUGGGGCACCAGGUUUACCUGGAUUUCCAGGUGAACCGGGUGAACCUGGAAUUCCUGGAGCUGAUGGGAGACCUGGUGAUCAAGGACCUCAAGGUGAUGACUGUGGCUACUGUCCUCCAGGCUUGCCAGGGUUCAAAGGGGCUCCUGGGGAUGAAGGAAGACCAGGACCACCAGGCCCUCCGGGAUACCCAGGAUAUGUUGGUUUAACAGGAAUAAAAGGAGAAGCUGGUCUUCCUGGAAUCCCUGGCAUCAAAGGUUUUGCCGGUAUACCAGGAGCUGAUGGAAGUGAAGGAUGGCCAGGUAUUCCUGGAGAAGCUGGUGAAUUAAUUUAUCCUCCUGGCAUUAGAGGCCCCAGAGGAGAAAAAGGUGAAGAUGGAUUGGAAGGUCUUGAAGGACUGCCUGGAAGACCUGGUAGCCCUGGACUAAAGGGUUUCCCUGGAUUUCCUGGUCGUAAGGGAGCAAUUGGAGAAUAUGGAGAAACAGGAUUACCAGGUUUAGAUGGAGUUCCAGGUAUGCCAGGCCCACCUGGUCCCAAAGGUGAGCAAGGAGAUGCUGACUAUGGCCUUCUUGGAUUUCCUGGUGCCAAGGGAUACCCUGGAAUUGAUGGAUUGCCCGGAAUAAGGGGGAAAAAAGGUGAAAAAGGAGAGCCAUAUGCUUAUGAUCUGGAGAAAUUGAUCAAAGGUGCUCAAGGCCGUGAAGGUCUUCCUGGGGAGCCUGGUAUUCCUGGUCUUCGAGGGCUGGAAGGACAGCCUGGAAUACCUGGUCGUGAUGGUUUACCUGGAAUGCCAGGCAAGAAAGGUGAACCAGGAUUCCCUGGUGAAUCUGUCCGAGGAGAGCCAGGCUUGAAAGGUUAUCCUGGUAUGCCAGGAGAAACAGGUAGAUCUGGGCCCACUGGUGCCAAAGGUUUGAGAGGGGAAGAUGGUUUGUCUGGGUUGCCUGGAGUGAAGGGAGAGCCUGGAGAUGUUGGCUUUGAUGGAUUUGAAGGGCCACCUGGUUUUCCAGGAUUAGUUGGACGCAAAGGAGAGCAAGGAAGUACUGGCAUUAUUGGACGUAAUGGAUUCCCAGGGGAACCAGGAUUUUCAGGGCCUGAUGGUCCUAAAGGUGCUCCUGGUUAUGACGGUGUUCCUGGAUACCCAGGAGAAAAAGGGGAUCCGGGGGAUUCUGCUCCUGGAUUAGUUGGGAGGCCUGGUAUCCCAGGACCACCAGGCUUACCAGGUUUAUCUGGAGAGAAAGGUGAACAAGGAUUAAAUGGACUUCCCGGACUUCCUGGAUUAAAAGGUUUAAGAGGGGAUGAAGGAUCUCCCGGUUUAAGGGGACCUGAUGGAAAAUCAGGAGUGCCUGGAACCGCUGGAUUUCCUGGAAGAGAUGGGAAACCUGGAGCCAGUGGCAACAAAGGAGAAAUGGGUGACAUGGGACCACCUGGAUUAGAUGGAUUCCCUGGCAUAUCUGGUUUACCUGGCUUACCUGGACUUAAAGGUCUCCAAGGAGAGGAAGGCUUUCCAGGGCUAGCAGGAAGGAAUGGACUUCCUGGACUUCCUGGCUUACCUGGAGAUCGUGGAAUUCCAGGUUUACCUGGGGAAAAAGGAGAAAGAUCUCUGUUUAGCAUUAAAGGGGAACCUGGAGAUGCUGGUUUUCCAGGAUCCCCUGGUUUACCUGGAAGGCCAGGUCUUCCUGGAAUUCCAGGUCCCAAAGGAGAAGCCGGAAAUCCAGGCUUAGCUUUAGGUGCAGAUCAAGGACCUCCUGGAUUUCCAGGACCUAAAGGAUAUCCAGGUCCGGCUGGAAGACCUGGUGAAAAGGGUGGAAUGGGAGACAUGGGCUUUCCAGGAUCUAAUGGUGCAAAAGGUGAUGAAGGUCUUCCAGGAAUCCCUGGUGCUCCUGGUGAAGAUGGUUUCCCAGGCAUUCCAGGAAGAAAAGGAGAGCCAGGAUUUCCGGGCCUCCCAGGCUUCAUAGGUUUAAAGGGCGAUAGAGGUUUGGAAGGCUUAGUUGGUUUCCCUGGGCCAAAAGGUGAUCAAGGCUUUCCUGGACUAUCUGGACGAGAUGGAUUUCCGGGGAUCAAAGGUUUACGAGGAGAAGUAGGACCAAAAGGAGCUGCAUCAACAGCCGUGAGUAAAGGAGCAGCAGGGGAGCCUGGUUUACCCGGACUAAUUGGCUUACCUGGAAUUAGAGGGGAAGAUGGAUUUCCAGGCCUUCCAGGCUUGAAAGGUUCAAUAGGAGAUCCGGGCCCCGAUGGAAGACCUGGUAGUUUUGGAAGAGCAGGUUUGAAAGGUUUACCUGGAAUUCCUGGCCUUCCUGGCGAAGAAGGGUUCCCUGGACCAUCGGGAGAAAAGGGAUUUCCUGGAGACGCUGGCGUUCCUGGAUCACCAGGAUUACCAGGCAGACCUGGAAGCAAAGGAGAAAUGGGAGACUCCGGAUUACCUGGAUUGCAAGGAGCAAAAGGCUUUCCAGGUUUUGGAACACCUGGAGUCAGAGGUCAAAAAGGAGCACCAGGCCCAAUUGGUCCUCCAGGCUUUGAUGGCUUGGUAGGCUUACCUGGAGAAAGAGGAGAACCUGGUUUCCCAGGAUUGCCAGGGCUUGUUGGAGAUCGAGGACUCCCAGGACUAUCAACCCCUGGUGAACCUGGACUUGUUGGCUUACCAGGUUUGGAUGGACUUCCAGGACUUAAUGGGGAAAAAGGUGAAAGAGGUAUAGAAGGCCUACAAGGAUUUCCUGGUUUGAAGGGAGAAAGAGGAGAAUUCGGACUUCCUGGAUUGGUAGGAAGACCAGGACUUCCUGGAAAUCCAGGUUUGCCAGGACAGCAGGGUGAUUCUUUUAGUGCAGAAAAUAUCAUCAGGGUUUCUGGUGAAAGAGGCAGUCCUGGCGCUGCAGGAUUGAGUGGGCUUCCUGGUGAGAGAGGACCUAUGGGUGAUGAUGGUAUAGAUGGACUUCCUGGACUACCUGGCAAUCCUGGUCUGCCUGGAUUUGAUGGCUUACCAGGAUUUCCUGGAAAUAAAGGCAUGGCUGGAGAACCCGGGUUCAAUGGAUUAGAAGGCUUGGACGGUAUUCGUGGUGCUCCUGGUGAACCUGGACUUCCAGGAUUGCCUGGGAAACAAGCGCCCUCUCGUGGUUAUUUCUUCACAAGGCACAGCCAGACAACAAAUAUACCAGAAUGUCCUUUUAAUGCACCUCCAAUGUGGACUGGAUAUUCAUUGUUGUAUUUGCAAGGCAAUGAAAGAGCUCAUGGACAAGAUUUAGGCACUCCUGGCAGUUGCUUGAAGAGGUUCAGUACAAUGCCAUUCAUGUUCUGCAACCUAAACAACGUAUGCAAUUUAGCUUCAAGGAAUGAUUUCAGCUAUUGGUUAAGUACACCUGAACCGAUGUCUAUGAUGAUGACUCCAAUUGUUGGCCAAGACAUUGCCAAGUACAUUAGUCGCUGUGCUGUUUGCGAAACACCAACACAGGUAAUUGCUGUUCACAGCCAAACAAUUGAUAUUCCUGAUUGUCCUGAAGGGUGGCAAGGGCUGUGGAUAGGAUACAGUUUCCUAAUGAACACAGACUCAGGUGCCGAAGGCAUCGGACAACCACUUGCAUCCCCGGGAUCCUGUCUGGAGGAUUUCCGGCCUCUGCCGUUCAUCGAGUGCCAUGGACAUGGAAGAUGUAACUACUUCACAACUGCUCAAAGCUUCUGGUUGGCCACUUUGAAUAGGCCGGACUCGUUUGGUGUACCAAGUCCUGAAACCCUGAAGGCAGGUGACUUACGUAGAAAGAUUUCUCGUUGCCAAGUGUGUAUGAGAAAACAUUCACGUGUUCUUGAUUUACGAGAGCGUGGUAUACCAGGAGCUGAUGGAAGUGAAGGAUGGCCAGGUAUUCCUGGAGAAGCUGGUGAAUUAAUUUAUCCUCCUGGCAUUAGAGGCCCCAGAGGAGAAAAAGGUGAAGAUGGAUUGGAAGGUCUUGAAGGACUGCCUGGAAGACCUGGUAGCCCUGGACUAAAGGGUUUCCCUGGAUUUCCUGGUCGUAAGGGAGCAAUUGGAGAAUAUGGAGAAACAGGAUUACCAGGUUUAGAUGGAGUUCCAGGUAUGCCAGGCCCACCUGGUCCCAAAGGUGAGCAAGGAGAUGCUGACUAUGGCCUUCUUGGAUUUCCUGGUGCCAAGGGAUACCCUGGAAUUGAUGGAUUGCCCGGAAUAAGGGGGAAAAAAGGUGAAAAAGGAGAGCCAUAUGCUUAUGAUCUGGAGAAAUUGAUCAAAGGUGCUCAAGGCCGUGAAGGUCUUCCUGGAGAGCCUGGUAUUCCUGGUCUUCGAGGGCUGGAAGGACAGCCUGGAAUACCUGGUCGUGAUGGUUUACCUGGAAUGCCAGGCAAGAAAGGUGAGCCAGGAUUCCCUGGUGAAUCUGUCCGAGGAGAGCCAGGCUUGAAAGGUUAUCCUGGUAUGCCAGGAGAAACAGGUAGAUCUGGGCCCACUGGUGCCAAAGGUUUGAGAGGGGAAGAUGGUUUGUCUGGGUUGCCUGGAGUGAAGGGAGAGCCUGGAGAUGUUGGCUUUGAUGGAUUUGAAGGGCCACCUGGUUUUCCAGGAUUAGUUGGACGCAAAGGAGAGCAAGGAAGUACUGGCAUUAUUGGACGUAAUGGAUUCCCAGGGGAACCAGGAUUUUCAGGGCCUGAUGGUCCUAAAGGUGCUCCUGGUUAUGACGGUGUUCCUGGAUACCCAGGAGAAAAAGGGGAUCCGGGGGAUUCUGCUCCUGGAUUAGUUGGGAGGCCUGGUAUCCCAGGACCACCAGGCUUACCAGGUUUAUCUGGAGAGAAAGGUGAACAAGGAUUAAAUGGACUUCCCGGACUUCCUGGAUUAAAAGGUUUAAGAGGGGAUGAAGGAUCUCCCGGUUUAAGGGGACCUGAUGGAAAACCAGGAGUGCCUGGAACCGCUGGAUUUCCUGGAAGAGAUGGGAAACCUGGAGCCAAUGGCAACAAAGGAGAAAUGGGUGACAUGGGACCACCUGGAUUAGAUGGAUUCCCUGGCAUAUCUGGUUUACCUGGCUUACCUGGACUUAAAGGUCUCCAAGGAGAGGAAGGCUUUCCAGGGCUAGCAGGAAGGAAUGGACUUCCUGGCCUUCCUGGUUUACCUGGAGAUCGUGGAAUUCCAGGUUUACCUGGGGAAAAAGGAGAAAGAUCUCUGUUUAGCAUUAAAGGGGAACCUGGAGAUGCUGGUUUUCCAGGAUCCCCUGGUUUACCUGGAAGGCCAGGUCUUCCUGGAAUUCCAGGUCCUAAAGGAGAAGCUGGAAAUCCAGGCUUAGCUUUAGGUGCAGAUCAAGGACCUCCUGGAUUUCCAGGACCUAAAGGAUAUCCAGGUCCGGCUGGAAGACCUGGUGAAAAGGGUGGAAUGGGAGACAUGGGCUUUCCAGGAUCUAAUGGUGCAAAAGGUGAUGAAGGUCUUCCAGGAAUCCCUGGUGCUCCUGGUGAAGAUGGUUUCCCAGGCAUUCCAGGAAGAAAAGGAGAGCCAGGAUUUCCAGGCCUCCCAGGCUUCAUAGGUUUAAAGGGCGAUAGAGGUUUGGAAGGCUUAGUUGGUUUCCCUGGGCCAAAAGGUGAUCAAGGCUUUCCUGGACUAUCUGGACGAGAUGGAUUUCCGGGGAUCAAAGGUUUACGAGGAGAAGUAGGACCAAAAGGAGCUGCAUCAACAGCUGUGAGUAAAGGAGCAGCAGGGGAGCCUGGUUUACCCGGACUAAUUGGCUUACCUGGAAUUAGAGGGGAAGAUGGAUUUCCAGGCCUUCCAGGCUUGAAAGGUUCAAUAGGAGAUCCGGGCCCCGAUGGAAGACCUGGUAGUUUUGGAAGAGCAGGUUUGAAAGGUUUACCUGGAAUUCCUGGCCUUCCUGGCGAAGAAGGGUUCCCUGGACCAUCAGGAGAAAAGGGAUUUCCUGGAGACGCUGGCGUUCCUGGAUCACCAGGAUUACCAGGCAGACCUGGAAGCAAAGGAGAAAUGGGAGAAUCCGGAUUACCUGGAUUGCAAGGAGCAAAAGGCUUUCCAGGUUUUGGAACACCUGGAGUCAGAGGUCAAAAAGGAGCACCAGGCCCAAUUGGUCCUCCAGGCUUUGAUGGCUUGGUAGGCUUACCUGGAGAAAGAGGAGAACCUGGUUUCCCAGGAUUGCCAGGGCUUGUUGGAGAUCGAGGACUCCCAGGACUAUCAACCCCUGGUGAACCUGGACUUGUUGGCUUACCAGGUUUGGAUGGACUUCCAGGACUUAAUGGGGAAAAAGGUGAAAGAGGUAUAGAAGGCCUACAAGGAUUUCCUGGUUUGAAGGGAGAAAGAGGAGAAUUUGGACUUCCUGGAUUGGUAGGAAGACCAGGACUUCCUGGAAAUCCAGGUUUGCCAGGACAGCAGGGUGAUUCUUUUAGUGCAGAAAAUAUCAUCAGGGUUUCUGGUGAAAGAGGCAGUCCUGGCGCUGCAGGAUUGAGUGGGCUUCCUGGUGAGAGAGGACCUAUGGGUGAUGAUGGUAUAGAUGGACUUCCUGGACUACCUGGCAAUCCUGGUCUGCCUGGUUUUGAUGGCUUACCAGGAUUUCCUGGAAAUAAAGGCAUGGCUGGAGAACCCGGGUUCAAUGGAUUAGAAGGCUUGGACGGUAUUCGUGGUGCUCCUGGUGAACCUGGACUUCCAGGAUUGCCUGGGAAACAAGCGCCCUCUCGUGGUUAUUUCUUCACAAGGCACAGCCAGACAACAAAUAUACCAGAAUGUCCUUUUAAUGCACCUCCAAUGUGGACUGGAUAUUCAUUGUUGUAUUUGCAAGGCAAUGAAAGAGCUCAUGGACAAGAUUUAGGCACUCCUGGCAGUUGCUUGAAGAGGUUCAGUACAAUGCCAUUCAUGUUCUGCAACCUAAACAACGUAUGCAAUUUAGCUUCAAGGAAUGAUUUCAGCUAUUGGUUAAGUACACCUGAACCGAUGUCUAUGAUGAUGACUCCAAUUGUUGGCCAAGACAUUGCCAAGUACAUUAGUCGCUGUGCUGUUUGCGAAACACCAACACAGGUAAUUGCUGUUCACAGCCAAACAAUUGAUAUUCCUGAUUGUCCUGAAGGGUGGCAAGGGCUGUGGAUAGGAUACAGUUUCCUAAUGAACACAGACUCGGGUGCCGAAGGCAUCGGACAACCACUUGCAUCCCCGGGAUCGUGUCUGGAGGAUUUCCGGCCUCUGCCGUUCAUCGAGUGCCAUGGACAUGGAAGAUGUAACUACUUCACAACUGCUCAAAGCUUCUGGUUGGCCACUUUGAAUAGGCCGGACUCGUUUGGUGUACCAAGUCCUGAAACCCUGAAGGCAGGUGACUUACGUAGAAAGAUUUCUCGUUGCCAAGUGUGUAUGAGAAAACAUUCACGUGUUCUUGAUUUACGAGAGCGUGUGGCUAAAUAAAAUCCUUGAGAUUAUUUUUAUAGACUGUGCCAAAAAGGGGUGUAAAACAUGAAUUAUGUGCUUACUACUAAACUAUAUGCAUGUUUUGGCAAUUUAUUUAAAAUGAACUGCUCAGUUUGUGUCUUGAAUCUCAUGUGCCAUAAAUAUUUUUCACUGCCAUAAAUGGUUAAAUUUUGCUUUGUAGUCAUUUUAACCUUUUUGCUUUUAUUUCUUCUAAUUUAUAUCUUACUGUGAUAAACUUUUUUGUUUUAAAUAAUUUGGGCCUAACUCAAAUUAGUAGUUUCAAUUAAUAUCAAAAAUGGUAUGAAGCACUUGAAUAAUUUUUAUCUUUUUCUUCAGAUGACAAUUGUAUUUCAUUGUACCUGUAUGCUUUCAUGAAAUGAAAUGAUUUUCUUUCUCUGUUCCCUAGAAUAAAAGGAUUUCUUUUUUAAAAAAUCAAUUUAAUAAAUGCAUUAUGAUUAUACUCUGAUUUGAAAUGUUGGCAAUUUAGUGUUAUGAAUGAUGAUAAAGAAAACAAGUGUUUAUAAGACAAACAUUUCAUCGAUAUUUGAAAAGGUCUGACAAGUUUAAUAGCAGCACGAAAACGUCUUUAAUUAAAUUUUAAAAUUGUCUUUGUUGGAUGCAACUCUUAGUUUUUAAGACCUUAAAUUGCAUUAAGAUUUUUUUUUUUUUUUUUGAUGAAUAUAUUUUUAAUGUUAAUUAUUUCAAGAUUUUCAUAUUCAUGACAUUAAAUCUGUUUACAUUUUAUUUAUUUAUUUAUUUUGUAUAGUUAAAAAAAAUCCCUCAUAACAAAAAAAGUGCUUAAAACUAAUUUUUAUAAUUGUUAAAGAGAAAUAAAUAAAUAAUAAAACACUAAUAUUUUCAAAUUGAACCACAAAUUUAUUGCCCUAAUUUUAUCAAACCAUAUCUUGUCUAAUGCUUGCAAUUCUAUACCUUUUAACCUUUUAUUAAUAUGAAACUCGAUUUUCACUCAUGGUACUUUAAAAGCUACUGAAUUACUUAUUGAAAUUUUUAUGAAAGUUUCAUUCAUUUCUGAACGUUCUUUACUUUGUUACAGUCAACUUUAUGCUGUUGUUACUAUUUAAUUCUCAAUGUAUAUUUAACAUGAGAUGCAUAAUGCAAUGCAAACAAAAUUUUUAUAUCUGUUGAAGUAAGUCAACUUGUUAAAAUUACAUACAGUUUGAAUUGUGCUUAGUAUUUUUCUACAUUAUUUAUUCAAGCAAAAAUUUGUUUGAAUGUUUCAAGAAUUUUCUCAUGACAUUUUUAAAUACAAAUGCCUAAAUUGUGAAUCUCUUGGCAAUAAAUUGGAUCUGAUAUUUUUUCCAUUUGUUAUCUCUAAACCUGUUAUGCUGUAUGAUAUGUAUGCUGAUACAAUAAAAAUACUGCCAAUUGUUUUGUACACAACUUGAUUUUG